AUGGAGAAAAUCGAUGUACACCACCAUUUCUAUCCUUUGGCUAUGCGUCAAGCCCUGGAUCGCGCGGGUGGUGAUCCUUCGGGCUGGUACACUCCACCCUGGACGCUGGAGCUGGACCAGGACAUGGCACGACGGAUGAAAGUGACCACCACCAUUCUCUCCGUCACCGCACCGGGGCCAUGCAUCGAGACUGAUGUUACUAAAGCUGCCGCCCUAGCGCGCAGUUGUAAUGAAUCCGCCGCCGCCAUUCGGGACGCUCAGCCGCGCCAAUAUGGCUUCUUCGCCUCAGUCCCCUCUCUGUUCGACACGGCGGCAGUGUUGAAGGAAAUUGAUUACGCCUGCACCACUCUCCGUGCCGAUGGAGUCACGCUGUUUACUCGCUACGGCAAGGGUCCCAAUUAUCUGGGACAUGCAGCCUUUCGACCUAUCUGGGCUGAUCUCAGCCGCCGCGGCGCCGUGGUCUUCAUACACCCAACCCACCCGGUCGAUACGCAGCUCAUCAACACCUGGCUACCGCAGCCUAUGUUUGACUAUCCGCAUGAGACUGGCCGGGCUGCCAUGGAUCUGCUGACCAGUGGCAUUUUGCAAGACUAUCCGGGAUGCAAGAUCAUCCUGUCCCACGCGGGUGGAACCCUGCCGUACCUCAUUCACCGGGCGGCUACUAUGCUGCCCUUGAUGCCACGCAAGCUCGGUCUGUCAACUGAAGAGCUGGUGGAGGCUGCCCGGACUUUCUAUUUUGACACAGCCAUCUCAUCAAACUCGGUCACGUUGAAGGCGUUGUUCGAGUUUGCUGCACCAGGCCAUGUGCUCUUCGGCAGUGACUUCCCAAAUGCGCCGCAGGACGCAAUCCAACGCUUCACAGACUUUUUGGAGGCGUACGAGCUACCGGAAGAGACCAAGCGGCAGGUAGACAGCGGGGCGGCUAUAGAGUUGUUUCCGCGUUUGAAGGGGAGCCUAGAUAAAGCGAAGCUCUGA